UACAGGUCCGGGGGAGGGAAACAUGGGGAAAACUACGGGGGAAAGCUGGGGAAAGGACAGGCAGUUGUUGGCCUUUUGGCUAUCGACAUGGUUAGAGAGUUGAUGUGAAUAAUGCGCUGCUUGAGGCGGUUGAUAAAAGGUUGAACCUCCCCCCGGCUUCGACUCUCUUUCUCUCUCUCCCUGCGGUCCGCUGUGGGACUUUUUCUAUAUCUUUCCCCUCAAUCUCCACUUGAGUCCACGGUAGAGAGGGGUUCUACUGUCGUUCUGUUCUCUUCGCCCCUGUGUUCUACCCUAGCACAAUGUCGUCCAACAAUAACCCUAACUCCGCCCCCGAGGUGUCCAAGGAGGUCAAGGACUCGGCCCAUGUGGAAAGAGUCGUCUCGGAGGCUGAGGGCAUGGGCAAGGACGCUGUUGACGUCUCGCGUGUCGACAAGGAAGUCCAGCAAUAUACCACCCAGGAACAGAUCGAGAUCGAUGAAGCGACUAAUAAACGCCUGCGAAGGAUGAUUGACAAGCGUGUGCUGGUGGUUAUGGUCUGCACGUACUUCCUGCAAGCAUUAGACAAAGGGACAAUGUCAUUCUCCUCGAUCAUGGGUAUCAAGGAGUAUGCUGGGUUAACCAACGGUCAAAAGUACUCCUGGUUGACUACCUGUAUUUACAUCGCUGUUCUGGUCGUCGAAUACCCGACCAACUGGAUCAUCCAGCGCGUGCCCAUUGCCAAAUAUCUCGGGAUCAAUAUUUGUCUCUGGGGCUCUACCCUUGCACUUCAUGCCGCUUGCCACAACUUCCCCAGCUUGGUCGCGGUGCGCACCUUGCUCGGGAUCUUCGAGGCUGUCUGCCAGCCCUCGUUUGUCCUGCUUUCUAGCAUAUGGUACAAGCGACACGAACAGGCCGAAACCGUGACUUACUGGUACAUGAUGAACGGCGCCCAGCAGAUCGUCGGCGGUCUUCUCGCCUACUGUUUCAGUCUGAUCGGCAACAAUCACAGCAUCAAGUCCUUCCAGGCCCUCUUCAUGACCUACGGCUGUGCCUCGGUGCUCUGGGGCGCGUUCGUGAUCUGGUGGAUGCCCGAUUCCCCGAUGCGUGCCAAUUGCUUCAGCGAGGAAGACAAGCGCCUCAUGGUCGAGCGUGUCCGGUCCAACCAAACCGGUCUGCAGAACCGGCAGUUCCGCUCGUACCAGCUCUGGGAGGCGGCCCGCGAUCCACAGGUCUACUGCUACAUGGCUAUCCAACUCUUCACCACGCUACCCACCAGUGGUCUCGGCGCAUUCGCCAACAUUAUCAUCGCGGGCUUCAAAUUCUCGGUCCUGCAAACCCAGCUGCUGGCCAUGGUUCUGGGCUUCUAUAUUAUCAUUGUGCUCCUGACGUCUGCUUUUCUAGUGAGGAAAACCGGCCAGAACCUACUGAUCAUGCUAGGCUUCAUUAUUCCCUCAUACAUCGGUACCAUCGUUCUUAUGACAGUAGAGAACAAGAACAUGUCCACCAAAGUCGGUCUCCUGAUCAGUUACUACAUCACAUUGUCCUUCUGGUCCGCGCAGAACCUAGGUCUCUCCAUGGUUUCCCGCAACAUCGGCGGCGCGACGAAGAAAUCCGCCGUGAUCGCGGCGACAUUCGUCUCCUGGGCUGUUGGUAACGCCAUCGGCCCCCAAGUCUUCCUGGACCGCGACGCACCCCGUUACUUCAUUGCCUUUGGUGUGCACCUCGGCUGCUACACGUGCAUGACCAUCGCGGUUAUUUUCCUGCGAUUCUACCUCGUUCACCAGAACAAGAAGAAGGAGCGGUUACUGCGCGAGGCUGGUCUUGAUCCUAAUGAUCAAAACCUGGCUCAUGCGUUCGAGGACCGCACUGACCGGGAGAACCUUUACUUCCGCUAUAUCUAUUAAACCAUGCUCAUGAUAAUGAUGGGGGAUGAUUCGAGUACUAACAAUGCAAUGAA